AGGGGACACACAGACGCAGCCAAUCAAGCAGGGAAAUGCAUAUACAAGUGAACAGACUUUGUUGCUGAAACAUUUUGCGCAUAUCUCAAAGACUAAAGUUUCAUUCACCUGGCAUAUUAAGUGAAGGCAUUUUGGUGACUGGUGACGUCAUGGUAGUGUAUCGUUAAUAAGUCUCGGCCUAACUUAGAUUUCGAUUUUUAAAACAAUUUAUCAUUCCUGUUAUCUCUGACCGCACCGGCGCGUCAGUCAUCAGUCCUGUUCGUGAUGUCCAGAGAAAUUGCAACAGAAAAAGAGAGCCAUUCUCCGUUGGACCAUCUUCCACCGCCCGCAUCCUCUAACAAGCCGCUUACGCCGUUCAGCAUAGUGGACAUACUCAGCAAACCCUCAGUAAAACGAGGGACAGCACUUAUCUUUGCGGACGACAAACAUGCAGGUCCACCUGGCCUAGGCCUACUGCACCUGCCCAAACGAACACUUGUCACCAAAGCUCCACUGUGCGCUCUCGAAGAACUUGCCAGCAAAACCUUUAGGGGGCUUGAAGUGGGUGUUCUCCGAUCCGUAGAAGGAAAGGAUUGUUUGACACUAUAUACCCAACAGCAUAACCCCAAGAAGCGCAGAAAGUCCAGGACCGCAUUUACUACAAAUCAAAUCUACGCCCUGGAGAAGAGAUUUUUGUUCCAAAAAUAUUUGUCUCCAGCGGACAGAGACCAGAUCGCGCAUCAACUGGGUCUAACGAACGCUCAAGUCAUCACGUGGUUUCAAAACCGAAGGGCCAAGUUAAAGCGGGACUUGGAGGAGCUGAAGGCAGACGUAAAGUCGGCCACAGUUAUUGGGAGUGUGCCGUUGGAAAAAUUGGACAAACUGGCCGAUUUGGAGAGACUGGUCAAUGGGACCGCGGGGCACCGUUCACCAGACACUCAGUCGGAAAAGCAGUUUCGGAUGCCCCCCACGUCUCCACGUUCAGACCACACAGCUUGUAAAGAAAGCUCAGACGAUGAGGGCGAGGAGAUUGACGUAGAUGACUGAAUGUAAAAAAUGACUUGAAAAUCCAACAGCUACA